ACGAAGUUUCCGGGAGGAAUUUUCGAGGGCUCCGUGCGGAACAGGGCGACAGCAGCAGCGUCGCGGCGAGGGUCGAGCCGUCAACUGCGGCCGAGGCGGCGGUGCCGUGGGACCCCCGGCAAGGAGCUGACUACUAUUAUACCGAAGGGAGGGGGAGGAGGUGGGACCCAGAGGAGGGAGCGGCCCCCACGGAGAAAUCUUCUGCGGGUAUAUAAAUCGACCACCCGGGGGCGCACUGCCAGAAGACGAAGGAGAAGGGAGAAAGGCGAAGAAGAAGCCAUUUCUCCUCCACUGACGCUAACAUUCUCCCCCACCACCCCCACUCGGUCUAAUUCGAUUCCCAUUUCUCCUCCUCCGCCGCCUCCGCCGCUAGCUCGCUCGGGAUCGCCGGCGGCGCCGGGCGGCUCUCGGGAGCCAUGGGGAGCAACAAGGCCAUCAGCCUCGAGGAGAUUAAGAACGAGACCGUCGAUCUGGAAAAGAUUCCAGUAGAGGAAGUGUUUGAGCAGCUGAAAUGUACGAGAGAAGGUCUGAGCUCGGACGAAGGAGCCCACCGGCUUCAGGUUUUCGGACCAAACAAACUGGAAGAGAAAAAGGAGAGCAAAAUUCUCAAGUUUUUGGGCUUUAUGUGGAACCCGCUGUCAUGGGUCAUGGAAGCUGCUGCUUUGAUGGCCAUUGCAUUGGCAAACGGUGGUGGAAGGCCUCCGGAUUGGCAAGAUUUUGUGGGUAUCAUUGUACUGUUGCUAAUCAACUCAACCAUAAGUUUCAUUGAAGAAAACAAUGCCGGUAAUGCGGCGGCUGCCCUUAUGGCCGGUCUUGCUCCCAAAACUAAGGUUCUCAGAGAUGGCCGAUGGAGCGAGCAGGAUGCUGCAAUGUUAGUGCCUGGAGACAUCAUCAGCAUCAAAUUGGGCGAUAUAGUUCCAGCGGAUGCCCGUCUCCUUGAGGGUGAUCCCCUUAAGAUUGAUCAAUCUGCUCUUACUGGUGAAUCCCUUCCUGUUACUAAGAACCCGUCGGAUGAAGUAUUUUCCGGUUCGACCUGCAAACAAGGCGAAAUAGAAGCGGUGGUUAUUGCUACCGGUGUGCAUACUUUCUUUGGCAAAGCUGCACAUCUGGUGGACAGCACCAAUCAGGUCGGUCACUUCCAGAAAGUUCUCACCGCUAUCGGAAACUUCUGCAUAUGCUCUAUUGCCAUCGGGAUAGCAGUAGAGCUCAUAGUCAUGUACCCGAUACAACACCGCAAAUACAGGGAAGGGAUUGACAACUUGCUGGUUCUUUUGAUCGGAGGGAUUCCGAUUGCAAUGCCUACAGUUUUAUCUGUUACUAUGGCAAUUGGAUCCCACAGGCUCUCUCAGCAAGGUGCCAUUACCAAGAGAAUGACCGCCAUAGAAGAAAUGGCCGGGAUGGAUGUACUUUGCAGCGACAAAACUGGAACCCUCACCCUGAAUAAGCUGACCGUUGAUAGGACCUUGAUCGAGGUGUUUGCAAAGGGCGUCGAAAAGGAGCAUGUCAUUCUUCUUGCAGCCAGGGCAUCUAGGACCGAAAAUCAAGACGCAAUUGACGCUGCAAUUGUUGGAAUGCUUGCAGAUCCAAAGGAGGCCCGAGCUGGUAUCCGUGAGGUCCAUUUCCUUCCAUUUAACCCCGUGGAUAAGAGGACUGCUCUGACAUACAUUGACUCCGAUGGGAAAUGGCAUCGUGCAAGCAAAGGCGCUCCGGAGCAGAUAUUAAACCUCUGCAAUUGCAAGGAAGAUGUUAGGAGGAAGGCUCAUGCAGUGAUUGACAAGUUUGCUGAGUGUGGACUUAGAUCUUUAGCUGUUACAAGACAGGAAAUUCCUGAGAGAACAAAAGAUAGCCCAGGUGCUCCUUGGCAGUUUGUAGGUUUGUUGCCUCUUUUCGAUCCUCCAAGGCACGAUAGUGCAGAAACAAUCCGAAGGGCCCUCAAUCUUGGUGUCAAUGUGAAGAUGAUUACUGGUGAUCAACUUGCUAUUGCCAAGGAAACUGGUAGGAGGCUUGGAAUGGGGACAAAUAUGUAUCCUUCUUCAUCAUUGCUUGGCCAACACAAAGAUGCUUUCUUUUAUGGAUGCUAAUUUUUGUCCUCCUUUAAUUUCAGGUGAUCACAAAUAUGUAUCCUUCCUGUGGAGGAAUUGAUUGAGAAGGCGGAUGGAUUUGCUGGAGUAUUUCCUGAACACAAGUAUGAAAUCGUAAAGAAGCUGCAAGAGAGGAAGCACAUAUGUGGUAUGACUGGAGAUGGUGUGAAUGAUGCCCCAGCUUUGAAGAAGGCAGACAUCGGGAUUGCAGUUGCUGAUGCCACUGAUGCUGCCAGAAGUGCCUCGGACAUUGUCCUCACUGAACCGGGAUUGAGUGUCAUAAUAAGUGCUGUGCUGACCAGCCGGGCUAUAUUCCAAAGAAUGAAGAACUACACGAUUUAUGCAGUCUCCAUUACAAUUCGUAUUGUGUUUGGCUUUAUGUUCAUUGCUUUGAUCUGGAAGUUUGACUUUGCGCCCUUUAUGGUUUUGAUCAUUGCUAUCUUAAACGAUGGAACGAUCAUGACAAUCUCCAAAGAUCGAGUGAAGCCAUCUCCACAGCCAGAUAGCUGGAAGUUGAAAGAAAUUUUCGCUACUGGAAUUGUUCUGGGAGGUUACCAGGCAUUAAUGACCGUAAUUUUCUUUUGGGCCAUGAGGGAUACUGACUUUUUCUCAGACAAGUUUGGUGUAAAAUCAAUCCAAGGUAGCCCUGAUGAAAUGAUGGCAGCUCUAUACUUGCAAGUGAGUAUAGUUAGCCAGGCUCUAAUCUUUGUCACCAGAUCGCGCAGCUGGUCCUUUGUUGAACGCCCGGGACUUCUAUUGGUCAGCGCAUUUGUAGCUGCUCAGCUGGUUGCGACACUUAUAGCGGUUUAUGCAAAUUGGGGUUUUGCAAGGAUAAAAGGAACAGGAUGGGGGUGGGCUGGUGUCAUCUGGCUUUACAGUUUGGUGACAUAUGUUCCACUUGAUAUUCUUAAGUUCGCGAUCCGCUACAUUCUGAGCGGGAGAGCAUGGAAUUCCUUGGAGAACAAGACUGCCUUCACUUCUAAAAAAGACUAUGGCAAAGAAGAGCGAGAAGCUCAGUGGGCAACUGCACAGAGGACUCUGCACGGCCUUCAGCCUCCUGAAACCAGCAACCAAAAAUCUGACAAGGGUAGCUACAGGGAGCUUUCAGAGAUUGCAGAGCAAGCCAAGCGACGAGCUGAGGUUGCGAGGCUUCGCGAGCUACACACUCUGAAGGGCCAUGUUGAAUCCGUGGUCAAGCUCAAAGGCCUGGACAUCGAUUCCAUUCAGCAGCAUUACACAUUCUGAAGGGCUUUUCAUUCGAAGCAGAGGAGAUCAUAUCGUGAGAAAUGGAAAGUGGUCUUAAGGAUUAUGAUGACGAAGAAGCCUAUUAAACUUUUAUUAGUCUAUAGGACGACAGAAACCGAUGUCGCUAGCAGUCAGGGUCGUAGAUUUUUUGCUGUGACCAGUUUAAUGCAUGAGGGCUGCUUUCUCUUUGACAGAACGAGAUUUAACUUUUCGUUUCAAAGUAGCCAUGUUCAAGUCGGUUGGUGAGUCUUACUUGGAUCUUGAUGAUUAUGUUUAGCUUGAAGCAUGAUCUUGUCAAAAAUUCUCGAGUGAUCUGCCUGGUAUAAGGAAAAACAAAAGUUUUUGGCGUUUA